AUGUUCCCCGCUGUCGUCACGCUGGCGGCCGCGGACCCGCACGCGGCGCUGGGCGCGGCGCCGCCGCCGGGCCACCCAGACCCGGGCGCCCUGGGCACGCCGCCAGAGUUCUGUCUCAGGUGGAACAACUACCACGAGUCGCUGGCUGACGCCUUCUCCGGCUUCCUGGAGCGGGAGGAUUUUCUGGACGUGUCGCUGGCCUGCGACGACGCCGUCAUCAGCGCGCACAAGUGCGUCCUCUCCGCGUGCAGCCCCUUCUUCCAGGAGAUCCUGCUGAAAAACCCAUGCAGCCACCCGACGAUCGUUCUGCCGAGCGGGGUGCAGGCGGCGCACGUGCACCGGCUGGUCAGCUUCAUCUACCACGGCGAGGUCAACGUGCCUCACCACCUGCUGCCUGAGCUCAUCAAGACGAUCUGCUGA